AUGUCUGCCGAACCCGAAAUGGAAGUCGACGUCCCCGUCUCGCAAGACGACGACGCCCCCGCGCAAUCUGGAGGUUUUGAACCACGAACACACGCCGAAGCCGUCGCUGUGCGCAGUAUCGAGGGAUGGAUUGUGAUCGCCACCAACAUCCACGAGGAGGCAUCCGAGGAAGACGUGACGGAUCUGUUUGCUGAAUAUGGCGAAAUCAAAAACUUCAAUUUGAACCUUGAUCGCCGGACGGGUUAUGUCAAGGGAUACGCAUUGAUCGAAUACUCGACUCUUCCCGAGGCAUCGGAAGCCAUCAAAAACCUCAACGGAUCCAAAUUGCUCGAUCAAACAAUCCAGGUUGACUACGCUUUUGUCCGACCGCCUCCCGCCAACAAAGGCAAAUCCGGCGGACAGCGAGGGGGACGUGGAGGUGGUGGUGGUCGAGGCCGCAGCAGGAGCCGCGAGAGAAGCCGCAGCCCCGGAGCUGACAAUGAGAGGGAAUAG